UCUAUCUGUGUCAGAGAACUGACUAUAGUUAAAGUAAGCAUGCUUAAUAUAACUCAAAAAACAUUAUGGACCCUGAACAAAGACCAAAGAUCUGGGCCAGUGUGGAAAAGAGUGAUCCUACGACUUCUAGGUGAGCCAGGUAUUUUACUUUCAGCAUCCAAGUCCAUAAGAAAUUUAGACGAUGACAUGGUAUUUAAUACAUUCAGGUUGGGGAAAGCCUUUCAGAAGGAAGACACUGCAGAAAAAUCAGUUAUUGCUCCUUCCCUGGAACAAUAUAAAAAUGAUGAGAGCGGUUUCAUGAACGAAGAGGAAAAUAAAAUUUCAAAGAAUACAGGCUCCAAACAUAAUUUCUUAAAUCAUGGUCUGCCACUGAAUCUGGCUAUAAAACCUUAUCUUGCACUAAAAGGAUCUGUAGCUUUUCCAGCUGAGAAUGGAGUUCAGAAUACUGAAUCAACACAAGAAAAGAGAGAAAUUGGGGAUGAAGAAAACUCAGCUAAAUUUCCUAUAGGAAGGAGAGAUUUUGACAGUGAGUAG